UUACUUUUGUGUACUUACCAUGUCAAAUCAAAAUCCCAAACCCUUAAACCCUAAUUGACUCUCCUCUUCAUCCUUUCUCUCUCUUUUUUUUUUUAAUCUGAUCCUACUCUGUCAGCUACCGUCCAAUCAGAGUCUCCGAAAUUUCUGUUUCGUUGCUGAUGAAACGAAGGAAAUUUAAAGCAUUUUAAUUUUGAUAUUACAGUUGUUGUAAAUAUGGUGUUCUGUAAAUCAUGUGCAAGAGAUGUUCCUGGAUAUCGCGAUAGCGACGGCAUCUUAUCAUGUGGUAAGUGUGGUAGAGUUCUAAAAUUUGAUAAUUAUUCAACUGAAGCCACAUUUGUGAAAAAUGCAUCUGGCCAGAGUCAAAUGGCAGGAAGAAUAGUAAGGAGUAUUGAAGGUGGAAAUUCGUCAAGGCAAAGGUUAUAUGAUAAAGCUUAUGAUGAUAUGAUAUACAUAAAAAAUGGUUUGGAUAUGGGUGAGAAUCUUGCUAUAGUUGACCAAGCUAUGAUGUAUUAUCGAAUAGCAGUUGAACGGAAUUUCACUAAGGGGCGUAGAACAGAGCAAGUGCAGGCUGCUUGUCUGUACAUUGCAUGUCGGGAGAACAGAAAGCCAUAUCUUCUCAUUGACUUUUCUAAUUUCUUGAGAAUCAAUAUUUAUGUGCUAGGUGCAGUAUUCUUACAGCUUUGCAAAGUUUUGAAUCUUACAGAGCAUUCAAUUUGCCAGAAACUUCUUGAUCCAUCCAUCUUCAUUCAUAAAUAUACAGCUAGUUUGUCAGGAGGAAAAAAUAAGGACAUUUCUGAUUCAGCACUGACCAUUAUAGCAAGCAUGAAUCGUGAUUGGAUGCAGACAGGGAGAAGGCCCAGUGGGUUAUGGGGUGCAGCAUUAUAUAUAGCUGCACUAUCACAUGGUCUAACUUGUUCUAGAAAAGACAUUUUAAAAUUGGUGCAUGUUUGUGAUGCAACACUCUCAAAACGUUUGGUGGAAUUUGAGAAUACAGAGUCUGGGAGCUUAACGAUUGAGGAAAUUAAUGCAAAGGCAGAAGAGCUUAGAGAAAGUUCAACAGAUCAAUCAAAUUUUGUGUUGAAGGGAUCAAGCUCGAAAGAGUUGCUUUGUCAGCACAAGGGUACUAGUAGAAUUCCGUAUGCCUAUGGACUCUGUAAGGGGUGUUAUGAGUAUUUCAUAGGAUUUGAUGGCGGGUCAGAUCCUCCAGCUUUCCAGCAAGCUGAGUGGCGGAGAAAGGAAAAUCUAUCUGCUAUGAACAACAAUAAUGACUCAAAUUCUUUUGAGAAAGAGUUGAACAGCCAGCAUGCAGAUAGAGAUGAACAACUGCUGUCCAAAAAGGCAGAAAGCACAGGUGAAGCUGCUCUGCAUUUGCCUGCUGAUGAUGGUGGUUACAGUAAAUUGCAUGACGAUGAUGAUAUGAGUUCUAAGGCUCUUGAUGAGUCUGACAACUUUUCUGAUAUUGAUGAUGCUGAGGUUGAUGGCUAUCUUCACAAUGAAGAGGAGGCUCAGUUCAAAAAAAUCAUUUGGGAAGAAAUGAAUCGAGAGUAUCUUGAGGAACAGGCAGCCAAAGAAGCAGUUGCAGCAGCUGCUAAGGAAGCUUGGGAGGCAAAGUUCAAGGAUUGCCCAGAGGAAAUGCAAGCUGCAAGGGAGCUUGAAGCAGCUGUUGCAGCAGCUUUAGCAAAAUCUAAAAAGGAAAAGCAACAAAAACGAGCUGCAGAAGCAAAAAACUCAGUCCCUGCCCAGUCUGCUUCAGAAGCUGCCCGCCAAAUGCUGACAAAAAAGAGACUCAGUUCGAAAAUCAACUAUGAUGUAUUGGAGAAACUCUUUGAUGAACCUGGCUCUAAGGAUCCAAAGAAACUGCGAACAGAAUCAGAAUCUGACACUGAUGAGAAGUUUCCUCAAACAGAUGACAGAAAUGAUGAUUUGGGGCCAGGAAACAAAAAUGAGAAGGAAGAGGAUGCUGAAGCAUAUAAGUACAACAAUGAUCAGUAUGAUGAAAAUGUGGAUGAAGCAUAUGAUUAUGAGUACGAUUUUCAGGAACAGGAUGGUUAUAAUUAUGAUGACACCUAGGCGCGGCAUACAGUUAUUCCUUGCUUUGAUUAUUCUUUUGAAUAUUCUUUCUUGGUAAGAAGCUGGAGAUGAUGGCUGAAAAUAUCAAAUGCAUUACACAAUGCAAGCGCCCAUCAUAAUAUGGUGCCACUCUGCCAUCUUUUGGUCUUUCAGGUAUUAACACAUUCUUCCGCAACAGUCUCCUGGCAUAACAUUUAUUUAGUUUAGACUGAAUAAACUGCUGUUAGUGUAUGUCAAUAAUGUUUGUGAUAGUUCUUUUGCUCUUCUGAAGAAAGAUGUAAUUAUUGGAAUGCAUGGCAAAGUCCUGUCGAUAUUUCUAGUCUCUGGUAAUAGCGUGCUGUAUUCUUAUGUCUUUGAAGUACAAAAUUGUCUUUACAAGAAUGCUUGAGCUUGUGAUUAUUUCACGAAAUGUAUAAUUAAGUAAUUUAUUAUUAUGAAAA